CUCACCCCGCAGUGCCCGGGGCUCAUGUCGGAGGAGUGCGGGCGGAUUGCAGCCCUGGCGGCCGGGAGGACUCGGAAAGGCGCCGGGGAAGAGGGACUGGUGAGCCCCCAGGGAGCGGGGGACGAGGACUCGUGCUCCUCCUCGGCCCCGCUGUCCCCGUCGUCCUCGCCCCGGUCCAUGGCCUCGGGCUCCGUCUGCCCCCCUGGCAAGUGUGUGUGCAACAGCUGCGGCCUGGAGAUCGUGGACAAGUACCUUCUCAAGGUGAAUGACCUGUGCUGGCAUGUUCGGUGUCUCUCCUGCAGUGUCUGCAGGACCUCCUUAGGAAGGCAUACCAGCUGUUAUAUUAAAGACAAAGACAUUUUCUGCAAACUUGAUUAUUUCAGAAGGUAUGGAACUCGCUGCUCUCGUUGUGGGAGGCACAUCCAUUCUACUGACUGGGUCCGGAGGGCCAAGGGGAAUGUCUAUCACUUGGCAUGCUUUGCCUGCUUUUCUUGCAAAAGGCAGCUUUCCACGGGAGAGGAGUUUGCUUUGGUGGAAGAGAAAGUCCUCUGCAGAGUGCAUUAUGACUGUAUGCUGGAUAAUUUGAAAAGAGAAGUGGAAAAUGGUAAUGGGAUUAGUGUUGAAGGUGCCCUCCUCACAGAGCAAGAUGUUAAUCAUCCAAAACCAGCAAAAAGAGCUCGGACCAGCUUUACAGCAGAUCAGCUCCAGGUAAUGCAAGCACAAUUUGCUCAGGACAACAACCCAGAUGCACAGACUCUCCAGAAACUGGCAGAAAGGACAGGCUUGAGCAGACGUGUGAUACAGGUGUGGUUUCAGAAUUGUAGAGCACGCCACAAGAAACACGUCAGUCCUAAUCACUCCUCCUCGGCCCCAGUCACAGCAGUCCCACCCUCCCGGCUGUCUCCACCCAUGUUAGAAGAAAUGGCUUAUUCUGCCUAUGUGCCCCAAGAUGGGACGAUGCUAACUGCGCUGCAUAGUUACAUGGAUGCUCAUUCACCAACAACUCUUGGACUCCAGCCCUUGUUACCCCAUUCAAUGACACAACUGCCAAUAAGUCAUACCUAAUUCCUUUUUUCAGGGAUAGAAAUGAUUAAGGAUAUAAUCUUGUCAUUUAUUAUGUAUAAAAUACCAUUGAAAAGAUAUUAAUGUUAAUUUUUUAUUUAACACUCAAAGCAUUUUCGACAUCACUUUGCUGCCCAGGUAUGUAUCUAUUGUUGGCCUGCAAGACACUUUUAUUGAUUCUUCAUUUUUUGUAAAAUUUAUGUUUACAAGAAGAAAACAAAUCAACUUUUUUUUUUUUUUGUAUUGUCUGGAAAUAGUUCACUCUAGUGUGUAUCUGUUAAUUUAUUUGUCAUCAAAAGAGCACUUUGCCUAAAAAACAAAAGGACUGACAAGUGUGCAACAUGUUUACAAUCCUUUGUGAAAUCGUA